GAGAGCCAGGGAAGCGACGACGAAUCGGACGAGACUGACCGUGAAGACCACGUUCUUCAGCCACGCAGUGUCGUCAAAGCGUGGGACGAGCUCUUCAACUGGGGAAUGUACCGUAGCGAGCAUCUCUUGUUCUGCUCACGUGCCGCCGGAGUAGAGCUUUCGACCCUCCAUCCAAGCCAGGCACAAAUAUUCAAACUCUGGCAAUCUUACUUGGAAAACAUAGACCCCAUUCUGAAACUGACGCAUACACCUACUCUUCAAGCGCGCAUCAUCGAUGCUGCUAGCGAUGUGACAAAGAUCGAACCCAACUUGGAAGCCCUCAUGUUCGGCAUAUACUGCGUUACCAUCAAUAGUCUGGACCAAGAUGAAUGCCGCGCCGUGUUCGGCGUAUCGAGAAUAGAUGCCAUCAGAGGCUAUCAGCUGGGGGCGCGCGAGGCGUUGCUCAAUUGUGGGUUCCUGAAAUCUAGCAACCGAGAAUGCUUGACAGCCCUCCACCUAUAUCUAAUAUCACUCAAGCCAGAAACUGACCCCCGCGCGCUGUCGUGUAUGCUGAGCACUGCAGUUCGCAUUGCUCAACGAAUCGGCAUCGACUCGGAGGUUAUGAAUGCCAGGCACUCCGCUCUUGAGGCCGAGCUACGGCGUCGAUUGUGGUGGUCCCUUGUUCUUUUUGACAGUCGUAUUGCGGAAAUGACAGAUUUCAAGACUGCUACGUUGAUACCCACGUGGGACUGCCAGACCCCGCGGAGCGUCAACGAUUUCAGCCUGCGGAACGAAAUGAAGACUCCACCGGCCGAGUCGAGCACUACGUCAGAAGCAUUGUUCGCCGUGGUGCGUAGCAAGCUCGGUGACUUCACCCGGCAUAGUCCUUCUCAUUUGGACUUUGUCAACCCCGUCAUGAAAUAUAUUGUGAGGAAGCCACCAGGUGACUCUUGCUCGGAACUUGAAGAUAUUGCAAAAUUCGAGUCCAUGCUAGAGAGCAAAUAUCUCUCGCAAUGCGACCCGCAGAUUCCUCUGCACUAUAUGACCAUCUGGUGGGUUCGUGUUUUCUUGGCAAAGACCCGGUUCGGACACUACUUGGCAACCAGGCUAGCCGGCCCUGAGCAUGAAAACAGCGAGCAGCGCGACACCGGUCUUGCACUUGCUCGCACCAUGCUGGAUAGCGACACCAUGUUGAUGAGAUCUGAUCUCAUCAAAGGUUUCCGGUGGCUCAUCUACCUACAUUUCCCCUUCCCAGCCUACAUCCACUUGGUCCAAGAUCUGAAACAACGGCCGCUGUCAGACCACGCGGACCUUGCUUGGCAAGCCAUGAGCGACAAUUGCUCUGCUCGCUUCUUAGACAUCUAUGCAAAGGGGAACCCGUACGACACGCGAUUCAAACAUCCUUUCUUUGCAAUGUUCUCAGGGUUGGUGCUCCAGGCGUGGACUGCGCGCGCCGCAGUGGCGCCACACGCCGAGCCGCCCUUGAUUAUAACGCAGAUCAAGCAAAGAUUAGCUUCUGUGAUGGAGCAAGAAACACAAUUGGCGGGUGAGGCCGUGGGCUCUGAUAACGGCAUCUCAUACACGUCCGAGUCUAUGGAUCUUGGUAACAUGGGCCUCCAUUACAGCGCGACAGACCCAUUUCCCGUUGCACCUGUGCAGGUUCCCACAAGCUUCAACGGGAUGCAGUGGUCUUGGCCCGUACCGAAUUGGGGCGCGAUGCCGGAGCAAAGUUGGUGAAUUUACAGUUGCAGGCUUAAAUGUGACUGUGUCUUACGAGAGCACCUUGGGAAAUUUUCUACGCAGGCUCGCUCCUUUCCAUCUGCUGGGUCGACCGAUUGUUGCUACCGAUCCCGCCGACCAUCCUGAUCUACGCGAUCGUAACUCGAGUCAGGCUUCCGAUGUUCCGACAAUUUGAACGACGAUACAUGGACUGAUUUCUAUUUUCCAACUCUUGGACUAAUCUUGGCAAAAAAGUUAAUCUCUCUGAUUCCCCUGGCGUGGCGCCUUGUAAACAUGAUAAGAUUUAUCUUUCAGUCAAAGCUGCGUUGUCCGAAAGAGCUUCGGGGCAUAACUUUGAAAAUAUAGCUCGAGCUACCUGGGUCUUUUCCAAGGCUGUGCGGACAGCUUCCCCAUGUGCUCAUGCAGU